AUGGCAACUCCCAAAUUUAACUCCAAGUCGCCCACGAUACGGCGCAUACUUCGCGAAGCACAGGAACUUUCAAACUCGCCGUCGCCAGAUUACACGGCAACCCCGCUAGAAUCAGAUCUAUUCGAAUGGCACUUUACCUUCCGCGGGCCCCCGAAUUCUUCCUAUAGCGAUGGAAUCUACCACGGUCGAAUCGUCCUGCCACCCACAUAUCCGCUCCGUCCGCCCAGCUUUCGAUUUCUUACUCCGAGCGGCCGUUUCGAGACGAACCGCGAGAUCUGCCUCAGCAUCAGCGGUCAUCACGAGGAAACAUGGCAGCCCGCCUGGGGCGUAAGGACGGCGUUGGUUGCGUUGCGCAGCUUUAUGGAGACAGAUCCUCGAGGCCAACUAGGUGGUCUCGAAACAAGCGACGCUGUGCGAAGGCGUCACGCGACGGCAUCCCAGACAUUCAAGUGCCCAACAUGCGCUAAAACCAAUCUCGAGAUUAUACAGGAAUGCGAGGAGAGUGCCAAAUCCAUCGCCGUCACAUCAGAAUCCUCUGAUGUCGAAAUACCCUCAGAGUUGAAGAUGGGAUGGAAAGAUGAAAUGGGCAAGCUGGCCGAAAGACAACACCACGCGCAGGAAACCCCACGGCACGACGAUGGUGAUGCUGAGAGUGCGGAGCUCGCCGAGGGUUUCGUCCGCACUGCACCCAAAGUGGGUGGGCCGGAAACAAGUCCAGUGCCCAUAUCACAAGUACCAGCGCCCGACAUCGCAGCGGGAUCAAACGGGCCCUCCCCAUCGAUAUUGAACCCAACAAGAACAGUGUCCCUGCCUCCGGCACCGAACGUUCGGCAAGCUCACCAACGCCCGCACGACGAAGGGGUACCGCUGUGGGUGGACCGGGCCAUCGUUGCACUUGUUGUGUUGCUUCUAGCGAUGAUUCUCAAAGUAAUCCUGGACUUUUAG